AUGGAUCGCGGAACAUCAGCAGUGCCGCCGCCAAGUACAUAUCAACUUCAAAUAGACCCAAAUAUCACGUAUAACACCGUCAAUCGUCCGUUUGAAGAUUUACCGGAAAAUUUCCUCGAUACCAUCAGCCCUCAGAACCAAGGAUCCACACCACAAGAAAGCCCCCAGCUUGCGCCAUUGGCGCCGAUGAGUCUUGGGUCAAAUGAAAGGUAA